ACUCCUUGUGUUGCUCGAGUUUGUCGAACAGUGGAUUUGUAGUUGACGAAACAAGAGGUUGUUUUGCAGCUUUCUUCAACUAUGUACGUGAAUGUGAUGCAGCAAACGAAGGAUUAUCCAUCGAGGAAGACUACUCGAAAGCAGGAGGAAGAUGAAAAAGAAAAAUGCACUAUACUAAUUCAUUCCUCCAUUGUCGCUCAACCGUUUACAACGAAGUCAAGGUUAUCGAAUGCAAAGGUUCUUCCGGCUCCUUGUGCGGGAGCUUUUAAAGAAAGACCAUCAGAAAGGACAAGUUUCAAAAAAUGUUACGAGCGAGGUGAUUUUCCUAUCGCUUUGGAGCACGACACGAAAGGGAACAAAAUUGCCUGGAAGGUGGAGAUAGAGAGGCUCGACUACCAUCAUUACCUUCCGCUGUUCUUCGAAGGAUUGUCUGAAACAUCGCAUCCCUACGGAUUCUUCGCCCGACAAGGAGUCCACGACAUGAUGGAACACGGAGGAAGCAAAGUUCUUCCUGUUAUCCCACAGCUCAUAAUCCCGGUGAAGAAAGCACUAAAUACGCGAAACCACAAAGUGAUCUGCACCACACUGAAGGCUCUGCAGCAUCUUGUAAUCGCUGGUGAGAUGAUUGGCGAAGCUCUUGUUCCAUACUACCGGCAAAUCUUGCCGAUCUUAAACAUCUUUAAGAAUAAAAAUAUCAACUCCGGGGAUGGAAUCGAUUACAGUCAACAGAAAAGAGAAAAUGUCGGUGACUUGAUACAAGAAACUCUCGAAGCCUUGGAGCGGCGUGGAGGCCCCGAUGCUUUCAUCAACAUCAAAUAUAUGGUGCCUACCUACGAAUCUUGCAUGUUAAAUUAACUUUGAGUUUGAGAAUAUCGUGAACCUUGUGGAUUAUUUUACGAAAGAUGAUCAACCAUAUUUUAAAUUUGAGUUUUAAAGGCUGGUAUUGGCUGUAAAUAUAUUUUUCUUCUAGAUAUUCUAAGCUGCACAUUACAACUCAAACCGUAAAAUGUUAAAUGCAUUUGUUCUUUUGGUAUUUUUAUGACCGUCCUUUCAACGAGUUUCUGCUGAAUUAGUUAUGCCUCUGAUAUAUAUAUAAAUCAAACAGACCUUGCUGUUUCAAACAUACAUUGUACAUAACAAAUAGUUUUAUCGUUUUAAUGUUGAUUUCCAGAAAAAUCUCUUGAAGGAUUGUUCUCUUGGAGAAAAUGUGAAACGAGGACCACUUCGAAUUCAUUUUGCUUGAGAUGAUCCAGGUGAUCUGCAAAUAUUUUUUAAGUGGCAAUACCCGUGAUAAUAGAACUGUUGGUAAUCCAGUUAGACUGGUGUAUAUCUGGCAGGGUUGUUGUACUCAGUUUUUGUGAAUUUCAUCAUAGGUAUUGCAUGGGCAGCUGGAAAUAUUUCCUUGAUCAUUGUAUGGAAUAAAAUAAUACAAUCUAACUAUACGGAAG